GGUUGAUGCAGGCCUACUCGGACUCUUCGGUCCGACUUAGGCCCAAGCAACAUGACAGCAACACCGGUCACACCGUAGUAUUUCUUACCUCUUUGUUCUCCAUCAUUUCAGUAUUUACUGCUAGCAGCUAUGCUCCUACCGUCACAAGUCCUUGCCAAACAAAUAAAUAACUGCUAUGGAAGCCGGAACAGCGUUUAUGGUUUCGCAGCACCCAUGCCCAACAGCUCUGCUAAAAACAUCGAGGUACACGUAUGUUUGGGAGUAGGAGGCGCCACCAAGACAGAGUCAGCGUCUCUAAAUGGGCACAUAUGCCACGCAGGAGCCAUCGCUAUGGAAAUGAAGAGUUCACCAUCUUUAAUUUCGAAGCUGCGAUGCGCCCAGUUCUCUGUCAGCAGAAGAAAUGCCUCCACUUCGAGUCGCCAUUUACGCUCCACAGCUGCUGGAGACUGGUUACCCCGACACGUGGACGUGAUCCCCAACGACAGUCAAGUCAGGAUCAAGUUUGACGUUGCGGAACCAGAAAAAAGGAUCGACCGGUAUCGCGUUUUUCUGAAACGUGAAAGGACGCUGGUGACUUACACCGAUGUGUAUCAUAAUUCUAGAAACGUUGUGCGUGGGGAGAACGACGGUGAAUACAUCGGUUGGGUCGAGUUUGUUGGUUUAAAUCCUGGCAACUACUGUGUUCAGAUACUCGCCAAACCGACCACACCAUCUGUAUGCCACACCAGCGAGGUUAGAUCUUGUAAAAUAACACCGUGUCAUGAUUUUAGCAUCCCCCCGGCUACCACGCACAUACCCGUCAGAACUACUGAAGCAUCCGUGACGUCCACGCCUUCACCGACAUGCUGUCCAACUAAGAUCCGUACUGGGGCUGGGACAGACGUGUCUUUGCAACAAAAUAACACUGGGAGUUGGCGCAUUAGUAUUGCUGUCAGUAUGGUGGUUUGUGUAACGGUGCUCUUUUUCAUCUACUGCACCCUCUGUUUCUACAAGCGACGGAGGAGUAAACGAAGAAAUGACAUUAUUUGCAAUGAUGUCCUCGGGGAUGCCCCAAACACCAUGAAUAACGAAACACUGUUACCUGACUCGUCUUGCCAUCAGCAUAGUGGCUUUGGGGGGCAAUUUUUGAAGGAUAUACCUCAAGCAAUACGCAUACAGGAUGGAAGGUUUGCAGAAUUUACCAGAACAAGGACACAAUGGGGUCAAGGAACCCAUCGUGGUCAAGAGCUCAGGGUAGAGCAGGCCGACUGCCCAUUGGCAAGUGACCAGGCACGUGCGUGGCCAGUUAGCACGCAGCAAUCCCACAAAGUCGGGUUUGCUCAGCACCCUUUGAUUGGCGACGUAGCCGAUGAAGUGGACGGGGCUACGAAAAGCCAAGGAGAACCUGAAUGGGUGGCAAGACAUUACCAGGAGAGUGAUAUUUUCCAAGCAGGGGGCAUGAAUGAGUAUACGUCGGUGGAAAGGGCUGUUGGGAUAAAGGUAAUUCCGUCAGAGUCAAUCUGGAAUCCACGUCGUCCAGCAAUUGGACUGCGGGGCGUCUCUCAUCUGAAUAAAAGUGGGGCAAUGAGUGGAGAUGCGACUGGUGCAAACGGUUGGUUUAGUGGAGCCAUUCACACACAGGGUAGGCCUAUGCUCCAUAAGAUGUCCCAGUCAAACCUGGACUUAUACAAGCUCCUUGCUCCCUCUAGAUACAGCAUUGCUUCGUCACAGUUCACAGAAACAUGGAACACCUUCAAUUCGAUACAACCAGCGGAUGUCAGCACUUCAGUCCGAACUAGUUCCUCUUGUCAGAGGCGUGACCUCUUGGUAAAAUCUUGCCCUUCAAUCGUUGGGGUGCUCGGCAUCUAUCCAGCUGAAGAUGGGUGUGAUGGUGGAUCUAGGGUAACGAAUGUAGCUCACCUAACUGACGAAAGUGAUGGAAGCUACACUCAAUCUAAUUCUCCAGACUGAAUUAUCGAGAACUCACCUCAUUAGAAACUUCCCUUUCUCCAUGUUUAAUUUUAACAAGUUUCCAAAAAUGUAUGUUUUGUACUAAACGAGCAUUUAUUUAUACGGUGUAAUUUAAUGUAUAAUGCAGUGAGACAAGUAAACCAUAUCAAAAUAGUGUAGUAUAGUUGUAACCAUGUUAUCAUACGGGAACGUGCAAGGCGAGUGGCGUGCGCAGAAAGUUGUCAUCGGGGAUGUCUAGGUGUGAAGGGUUCGUGAGACGAUGAUGUGCAACUAAACACCUCUUCAGUGUAUGAAACCUAUUUGACAUCCCCUAUUGGUUUUGUAUGGUGGCUCUG